AUGACUCUGUAUGACAGGGCAUCCGAUCCAAGGCAUCAUCUCAGCAACUUUAAGAGUCGAAUGUACCUCAUCGAUGCGUCAAACGCAACUCGCUGUAAAGCCUUCCCAACCACUCUCACCAAAACGGCUAUAAAGUCAUUCGACAGCCUACCCCCAAGGUCGAUUACCAGCUUUGAGGAUCUCGCCAAGAAGUUCCUAGCCAGGUUCUCUAUUCAAAAAGACAAAGCCAAGCACGCUCCAAGUCUACUCGGAAUCAAACAAGGAGACCGGGAGAGUCUCCAAACUUAUAUGGAAAAAUUCAAUAAAGCAUGGUUCGACAUACAGAAUCUCCCUACAGAAGCGGCAAUCAUGGGACUUAUCAAAGGCCUACGGGAAGGACCUUUCAGCCAGUCCAUAUCCAAGAAGUACCCUGCUUCUUUGAUUGAAGUAUAA